AGCUGGUAAACACGUCCUCUCUGCCUGUCGAGUCGCUGUCGCGCGAACUACCGCGUUGUUUCAUCCUACUUUCGGUGUGUUUGGCUUCCCAUAUUCUGGCGAUAAGGAUAAAGGGCUGCAGGAGAUUUCAGCAGCAGGAGGUGACGUCAACAAGCCGCUUUCCCCCUUGUUGACUCAAUAACAAGAAAGGAGGAAAGAAAGUGACCUGAAAGAAAUGCUUUAUCUCAUGCCACAUCGCUCAAUUUCAACGCGACUUCAACAGCUCCAGUGUUUUACAUGCGGUCUCUCGGUUCAUCGGUCUGUCGUACAAAUUUCUUUGUUUUCUGGUCAGUUAAGUUAAACGGAAAAUCUGUUUAACGUUGGUCGUCUGCGCGAAGAUUUCUUUUCCACUAAGGAUCUUAUGACUCACUUUUGGAUUUUUACACGUAGAACAUGUUAGUUUUGUGGAGGAGCAGCAGUAAUAUGAGUGAUCUGGUGGGUCCGGAGUAUCAGGGUUGCGUGGACGGAUCUCUGAUGGACGGAUUCAGUGUUUUUAUUCAGGGUCUGUUGGCUGUUCUGGCUUUCAGCACUUUAAUGUUGAAGAGGUUUCGUGAGCCUGUUGGAAUAAGAAGAUCGUGGAGGAUCUGGUUCUUUGAUACAUCUAAGCAGGCCAUUGGGGCUCUCUUUAUGCAUUUUGCCAAUAUCUUCUUGUCCACACUCACCAAUGAAGAUCCCUGUUCUCUAUAUCUGUUGAACUUCCUCUUGGAUGCCACAUUGGGAAUGCUGGUGAUCUGGAUGGGGGUGAAGCUUGUUUCCAAGAUAGUGGAGCACAGACAGCUAACACUGCUGAUGUUUGGAGAAUAUGGUGAUCCUCCUCAGAUAGCAGCCUGGUUGGCUCAGUGCUCCGUGUAUUUGCUCAUUGUUGCUCUGGAGAAAAGUGUGGUCACUCUGGUGCUGCUCGUUCCCGGUUGGACCAAUCUGGAGGAGGUGGUGCUGGACUACAUCCCAAACCCACAGCUGGAGUUGGCCAUUGUCAUGUUGAUCGUGCCUUUCAUUGUCAACUCUAUAAUGUUCUGGGUGGUGGACAGCUUAACAAUGCGGAAAUAUAAGAAAAUGACAUCUCUUGAUGGCUCACGUGACUGUCCGAAACAAGUAGAGGUUUCGUCAAACGAGAGCAAUGAUGAAGCUGAGGUGCUGCUAAAGGAAGAUGAAGAUGAUGCUAAAGUGUGUUCUGAACCAGAAGAGCACGUCUCAGCUGAAGAGGCUUUAAUACAAGUCCGUAUGGAUGUUUAGAACACAAGCGUUUAGAAGAAUACUUUCUUAAACACUAGCACUAAAUCUCUGUUCUUAAACCUAGUGUUUACUUCCUGCAUAGCCAGUUACCUUCCAAAUAAUUCCUAAGUGACUGAUUUGGAACACUCUAAUUAAGGAUAAACUUAGUGCAACACACAAAUAGAACUUUUCAUGUUAUCUAAACACUGGAGACUGUCCUCAGUUGAUUGCAAUAGAGUUUUGCGUUAGCAUUUGCUAAGCUAACAACACAAUGCUCAGUACUUGACACGAUACUAUGUAAAAUUGUCCAUUUUGAGUAAGAUUGAUAGAUGCUUUUUAUUAUUGAAUGAAAUUGAAAUGUAUUUAUUUAGCAUCAACAUUUAAUUUAUGAAAUUCGUAUGCUAGUGUGGUUGUUUUCACAAACUUUUGAAAAUGUGUUUCAUGCAAGGGUAUUAUGUUCACGUAAAGUGUUUUUAGUCGUUUUUGUGGAUCUACGUGAACGGGGGUUGCUUUAUCAACAUUUAUGAUCAUAAAAAUAUGAACAUGAAAUGUUCUGAUAAGAGUUGUUAAAGGGGAAAAUGCUGUCUAUGUAAGUAGCUCACUAGAUUUUGGAGCAGCUGGAAGGUUGACAACUUUAAGCAGAUGCAAGAGUGUAAUGCAAUUUGACAUGCUUUAAUUUAUGCAAAACUGCAUUUUAACAUUCUUUUAUAAUUAUUAUGCAUGCAACUUGUAUUAAAUGUGUGCUCAUUUUAACAGAUACUACAUGGAAUUUUACUACAAUGAUACUACAAUGGUAUUUUUUAAAUUUCAUAUCUUUAGAAUUUCUGAAUCAAAAAUGCGAUUAAACUGCUCACCAUUUGACCAGUUACAACAUGUAUAAGUUAUAUAUUUCGCUAUAGAUUUAUAUCGACUUUAACCUAAAAUCUUGAUAUUGAACAAAUAAAUCCUUCAGGUCAAUGUUAUUUGAGAGUUGUAGCAGUGCAUUUUUCAGCAUAAUCAGUAUAAGAUCAUUAUUAGCAUAUGAGUUAUUAAAGGGAAACACUAUACUCCAUGUCCUUUAGAGUUCAUACUUCUAAGAUUGGAAUUAAAAGAGAGGAGCGAGGAGGUCUAGUGUUUUUCCUAAUUCCAGACAGUCAGGGACUUUUCAUUUGAAGUCUAAACGGCUCAUUUUGCUACUUGUGAUGAACGCCUCGCUGUAAACACACUACAACGAUGUUUCCAGCUCUUUACACAAGCUAGAAUAGUUUUUAUGAAACCAUUAUAAAACCAUUUGUAAAUAUUCAGCAGUAAGUGAAAGACCAGAUGAUCGUUGUAUUUUAACCUGUAAAUUUUAAACAUUGUACAGUAUUCAGUUAUUUUUUUGUUACAAAUGCAACGUGCUGAAUAACAGUUCAAUAUGUGUAAUGUAGAAAAUUUACGAUAUGUACAGUAACCGUAAACGUAGCAAUUUUUAAGCUGUUACAUUGGAUUGAUUUCUUCGAAACUGUAGCAAUGUCAGCACACAAAUGCAACUUUAUUAAGAAACAUCUUUUGAUAUUUGUCGAACAAUGUUGUCUUGAUGCCUUAUUUUGAUGUACACAAAUAAAACUACAGUUCGAGUGACUUAAA